CUAAAUUAUUUUAACUUUAGACCGAACUGGACAAAAACCCGAACAUCUAAAUUUUUGAGACCCAAGACUGACUCCAAAUUCUUUCGGUCGUGGUUCCGUGUAGACCUAAUGGUCCGAUUAGAUCCGUUUUUGUCUAGACCUAAAAUUGAACCGCUCUAAAAGUAACCUCGCAAACCCCCAUUAAACAUUUCUCAGUUGCAGUCGGUAGGAAGCAGGAAAUUGGCGUCUAUGGCUGCUUCAACAUCGCUACACAUUUCUAUCAGAUUCCAAUGCUCCCAAAAGAAUGUCUUCUCAGUGUGCCGACCCUGCAGCAGAACAACCUUCCCUUCCGCACGUCAUUGUUCUUCCUCUGUUCUGACCUUCUCUAGCCGUCGAAGUGACGGCCCCCGCCGUGCUUCCACUCCAUCAAAUAAGAAGAAACAAAAGAAAAGUUUGUCUCAUAAAAUCAAUGAGGUGGAUGAUGAUUUGGAUGAAGAUGCUUUUGAGGCACUUUUUAUUCAGCUUGAAGAAGAUCUGAAAAAUGAUGAUCUCUCUUUGGAUGAGGACAGUGAAAUAACAGAGGAAGACAUCAUAAAUCUUGAACGAGACCUCGACGAGGCUCUGAAGGAUGAUGAGUUAUUAGGAAACAUCGAAUCACUUUUGGAUGAGAAAAAUCAGGAACUUGAACAUGAAGCGAGACGUGAAGACGGAGCAAAAGAAGAAAAAGACGAUGAUGAUAUUGAAGGAGUUGAAGAUGAUGACGACGAAGAUGAUGAAGAUGAAAGGCCAGAACAAUUGAAAAAAUGGCAACUCAAGAGACUGGCUUAUGCCCUCAAAACUGGCAGACGUAAGACAAGUAUAAAAAACCUUGCAGCUGAUCUCUGUCUUGACAGAGCUUUCGUUCUCAGCAUACUACGCGAUCCUCCACCACAUCUAGUAUUGCUGAGUGCUGCCUUACCGGAUAAACCUGUUUCAACAAUCUCAGAACCUCUGAGCAUCCCCCUGGAGAAGGCUGAAGACACUGUAAAAACAGACACUAGCGAGGAAUUGCCGGUUCAUGUUUUGCAACAGAACUGGUCUGCUAAGAAGAGAAUUAAGAAAAAGCAACUUGAAACACUUGAAAAAGUUUAUGGGCGAUCGAGAAGACCCACUAAUGCCGUGAUUAGUAGCAUUGUGCAUGUCACAAAUCUUCCCCGCAAAAGAGUUGUGAAGUGGUUUGAAGAAAGGCGUGCUGAAGAGGGGAUUCCUGACCGUCCAUGUGACCACCACCUUCCAUACCGCCGAUCUACUCCCAAGACUUCUCUCCUUUGAUGGGAUGCCAUUCAGCCUUGUAUCUCUUUCACAGUUUUUUUGUGUGUUAUAUGAGCGACCUGUAAAUUUCGGUAUUGGAUGUAACAUAUGUAGCUGUUUAACAAUUCAUACCAACAUUAUGGUUUGCGUGGUAAUUCUAAUAUCCCCUCUGUCCCAUAUCUUUCUUCCCGUUGCGAAAAACAAAGAAAAAACCUAAAUUUUU